ACUGUUUCACCCUGCCGAACUUGACAUCAGGCGCAAAACGGGAAGCAGAACCCCGAGGUGAGAAGUGUCUAUAAUGCACCCGCUGCUGAUGCGCCCUUCGCUCGGCUGCUUGGCGACAGCUUUCGGCUCAUUUUCCGCCUCUCGAACCAAACUCGUCACACAAGCAGCAGCCGCUCCUCAUUUGCUUUACUUCCGAAAAACGAUGCACUAUCAAACGGAGGAGAGAGGACAGCCCCAUUCGCCUGACUACCGGAUAUAUUUUAAAAACUCUGACGGAAAAUACAUUUCACCAUUCCAUGACAUCUCCCUUAAAGCAGACACAGAACAGGACAGUGACCUGCCAGCUAAAAAGCCCAAGAAGAAUGAGAGUGAGGUGCUCUUCAACAUGGUAGUGGAAGUACCUCGAUGGUCAAAUGCUAAAAUGGAGAUUGCAACUAAGGAACCACUGAACCCGAUCAAACAAGAUUUAAAGAAAGGAAAGCUCCGCUAUGUUGCCAACAUAUUUCCCCAUAAAGGUUAUAUUUGGAAUUAUGGGGCGCUUCCACAGACAUGGGAGGACCCAAACCACACGGACAAAGAGACAAAUUGUUGUGGUGAUAAUGAUCCCAUUGACGUUUGUGAGAUCGGCACCCAGGUGUGCUUUCCAGGCCAGGUGAUCCAAGUGAAAGUCCUUGGCAUCUUGGCCAUGAUCGAUGAGGGAGAAAUGGACUGGAAGGUCAUCGCCAUCAAUGCUAAGGACCCAGAUGCCAAAAACCUGAAUAGCAUAGAGGACGUCCGCAAGAGCCGGCCUGGUCAUUUAGAGGCAACUGUUGACUGGUUUAGGAAAUAUAAGGUGCCUGAUGGAAAGCCUGAGAACCAAUUUGGAUUCAAUGGACAGUUCAAAGACAAGGACUUUGCAGUUAAGAUCAUAAAGUCCACUCAUGAGCACUGGAGGGCACUAGUGCAGAAGCAGACAAAUAGCGGAGGGAUCGAAUGCAAAAACAUCACCUGCUGCGAGAGCCCUUUCAAAUGCAAUGCAGAUGAGGCCAGAGCUGUGGUGGAAUCGGCCCCUGCAUUUGUCAUCGCACACCCUGUGUCUCCAGAUGUGGACAAGUGGCAUUUUGUCUAAAGCCUUAAAGACAAUGUGGAAACCAACGAAACCUUUUGAAGCAGCUGGAUUUUUAUUUUUUUUCUAGUAAGGACUCCUCAUCUGUAUAAAGUGGCAUCUAAGUUUAUCCUCCAAUAAGUUUUUUAAAAAA